CUUACCUUUACUCUUUGUUGCCCACAGCGGCUGGUGGUCCAGGCAACAGGUUCUGCUCAGAAAGGAGGCCAGGUACAGCAACUUCAGGUUCAGAGAGUGCAGCAGGUUCAACAGGUGCAGUCAGUUCAACAUGUUUAUCCAUCGCAAGUUCAAUAUGUGGAGGGCGGGGAUGCAGUCUACACCAAUGGCACUAUGGCACACAAGGUAAAUCAACUGCGUGACCAUUUAUGUUCAGAGGCGAAAGGAAGGUUCUAUGAAGAAGUUGAUAUUGCUAUCAACAGAGUCCAAUUCAGGAUUUGAGUGGGAUUGGGACUAUGAGGGAUGGGUCUCCACCUGUGGACAUCAUGGCCUUGGAAAGAGAAAUGGGAAUGGAGCAGGACUACCUGAAUUUUGCUGUUCUUGCAGCCUGUGCAACCUCAUACCUUUCUUCAAAACAAGCCAUACCACAAGGUAUCCUGGAGAUAUCCAAGAUCAAAGCCUUGGACCAGCUGCGUCUGAACAUCAGGCAUGAGUCUCUGAACAGCUUUCUCAUUAAACACUGCUACCACACCAUUUACUGUGAUAGAGAUCAUUCUGUGUGCGCCAAGGUUAUGAAACAAACCUUGAAAUUUCUUCAUUCAAGACAGAAAUGUUGUCGUCACAGCAACGUCAGCCAGACCUUUUUACCCAGACUAACUUGUAUGUUUCACUUGUACAUACGACCUUGGCAUUCUCCCAGAGAUUGCAGGAGCCAAAUGAAACAUACUUCAAGGUACCACUCUGAUGCUGUACUGUCAACAGAUGGGAAAUAGGAGUGGUAAAGUGCUAACAGUGUGGAGCUGUUUCCAAUAAACAAAUAAACCUACUCCACUUCAACUUUUAGGCCCUUAAAAUCUGCUGUUUUUCCAGUCUGG